UUUUGAACUUUAUUUAUUUUGUUUUAUAAAACUUAUAUGUACGCAUAAAAUUAACAACACAGUAUGUAACACAAACGACGCGCAUUUUAAAUUUAAAUAAUUUAUCCUUAACGCGUCAUCGAACAAUGGCCGCGCCGUGCCGUAUGAACAAGGAAAAAAACAAUUCAUUAUAACAUGCAAUUAAUACUAACUAAAUACAUCUAAGCUAAUAGACGGUUCCGAUUUCCGAACGGGAAAUCGUAUUAACGUUCAGGAAGCCUUAAGACGUUUGAAUGCACAGUGCAUUUCGUUUUUAGUUCGGUUACGCCACAGUAUCUCGGCGCACACAGAAAUAACGCGUAUUAUAUCGGUCAGGAAGAUAGAAUGCUCCGCAUUAAUUGCCCGCGAUGAACCACUAUCCACGGGGACGCGAGCCGAGCGGACGCUUGCCUCCCGUUAUUAAAAACAACAAAAAAACCCAGAGGAAAACCGAGCAAGUCCGUACGUGCGCGCUCUGUGUUUUUUUUUUUUUGUAUUCUAUAAUAAGUAUAAUUAAACAAUCGGCGAAUAUAUCCACGUUAUCGUCGUAAAGGUCAGAGAUGCGUCCGUCGUUCGUAAUUAGGAAGAAAACAGAGCGAUAAGCAAUCGCGUUAGAGUGCAAAUGUCGUCGACUCGGCGGCUCCGAGCGCUCUGACGUUACCACGUCGAUGUCAGUUCUCUCCGCGCUAUGGAGACGUCAAACGUCCCUUCGUGGAAUCCCGCGCGUUGAUUCAUACACCGGUUAUCGCGUUUCGAACGGUGAGCGGAAUCAUGUGUGAGGUUGCAAGUUGGAUUCCGGACGCGGUCGCGGUCACACUGCGCGACGCUAGCUCCGUGCAGCCGGUCCUCGCCUGGCUGACUGCAUUGCGAGCCUCCACUGAGGAUUACGACCAACUCCCCGUCGUUGUUCCUGCCGAAGAAUCGUCCCGCGCCUCCCCGGAUAGCGCCUUCGACGAGAUACUCUCGCAACUCGGAAAAGAAAUCUUCAAGCUCGAGGAGUACCAUCAAAACCUCCUCCCUCCGCCAGAGAAGGAGGUCUCCCUCAGCAUCCUCAAUAUAUUUGACGAAUGCUUAGAUCGGAUGUCGGAAAAACAGUGUAAUGGAAAUGUGGAAGAGUGCAGUGAGUGCGAAUCGACUCUAUCCGACGUUUCCAUGGCGACGAGUUUGCCCGCGAAAAGUGCCGAUGUAAACAGUGACGUGAAUUGUAUUUUUGAUAAGGGCGAGGGCACACCGGUACCGCCGCGCAGGACUAGAUUCAAAUCGUCGUCCUCUGUGGUUGUCGGGGACAAUAUGGAAGAAAAUCUUGACGGUGAGCAACGGUCCAAGUGCACCCAGUCUGAUAGCGAUUCGGAGAGCACGUGUUGGAGCUACAAGGAGUGCAGUACGGAGACCGAGCAGGACGGUCGCGGGACCUACGCCGAGGUUUGGUCCCACUCGAGCGGCUUCCACAACUCGGACGAGAUCCUGCGGAGCGUGCUUCGUCAGAAUCACGCGACGGUGUCCUGCCUCUCGCUGGACUCGGCCCGCGACCUGGAGCCGGCGUCGUUCUCGGUGUACGCGCUGCACGAGGUGGGGGACAGGUGCGUAUCGCCAGUCGCCGCGAUGACGCCCGACCGGCCGAUCGACCCCGACUACGAGCCCGUGCGGGACGCGCUCACCGACGAAAACAUUUACGAGGAGAUCGAGUACAGCUACACGGACGAGGGAUGCUCCUGCGGCACCAGCGUCGAGGUCGAGACCUACUCCACCAGCUCCGGACGCGAGACUCCGUUAUACGCAAACCUGACAGACAACGACGCGUACGCGAUAACUCCGGAUGUCAUCUUCUGGAAGAACCUACUCUUAGAUCCGUUCUACAACGAAGACGAAGAGGACGAGUGGAUAACUCCUGAAGAAUGUGCCAUCUACACGAGGGAUCAGCGUCCUCCGUUGGUGAUACCACGGAUCACCCAGUACCGACAGCCAAGACGGGACCAGAGGAUCACCCAACCUUACCCAGAGGACAGCUCAGAUUUGUCUUUGCAAGCAAGGAACGAGAGGCAGAACUGGAACUCCAAUUUAGGAAGGAACCGGGUUGAGCUCGAGCGGAACUUCAGCAAGAAUGCUUCCGAAAGUCCCCCUUUCAUAAGAAUCAAUAAAAAUCUAAGCGGUUCGACGGAGAAUCUGCUGAUUUCAAAUGUCAGAAGACCGAAUUUCCUUCAAAUUCCUGCGUCGUCGUCAGGAGACAGCUUAGACAUUGAGAUCCGGGAUAGAGAGGUUUCCCAUGCCAGGUCCAGGAAGUCGAGGUCUAUGGUGGCUCCUAACAAAAGGAUCAACAAGUCCCCAGUACCAGCACCUAGAUUAGCUCUUCAACAGAACCCAGAGGCCUUGGUGAUAUUAGAAGGUCCAGUUAAACGGACCAAGUUCUUCGAAGGAAGGAAGAAGAUGAAGAAGAGCUGGACGGACUGCUAUAUGAUCCUCAUACAGACGGCGCUCGUGUUUUACAAGGACCAAAGGACUUAUAACGCUACGAAGGUGUUCAAGCCGCCCGGCACGCCCCCCAGCCCGGCGGCGCCGCGCGCGGAGCUGGUGCUCCCGCUGCGAGACGCCAGGAUCAGGCAAUGCAUAGCCAUGCACACGAGAAGGCACAACAGAUCUCUGGUGCUGAUCGUCGAUUACGAUCAGUAUCUCGUGCAGGACGAGACCGAGGAAGGAGCCAGGAAAUGGCUGCAAGCCAUUCAGAGAGUCAUUUAUUCGCUGUACCCGACAGCGGAUUACGACUGUCCGACUCCAUCGAACCAGAGCAGCACAGAUCUAGACAGCCUCGGACGCACCCCCCCGACCUCACGUCACAACAGAAACAAACAAAAAGUCGGCGGAAGCAGCAACGAGGACCUGAGCGACUCCACGGAAACGUCGAUACAAAAGACCCACGUGAAAAGUAGAUUGAGGAAGUUCUUUGCGAAGAGGCCGGCGAUGGAGGUACUCGUCAAAAAGGGAAUCUACAAAGAUGAACCGGUCUUCGGGAGGAACCUUGCGGAGGUGUGCCCGCAGACCAGCCCCCAGGUCCCGGAAUUCGUGGUGGCCUGCGUCAAUGAAAUCGAAAGUAGCGAUGAGAAUCUCUGCACUGACGGCCUGUACAGAGCCUCCGGAAACCUCAGCCAAGUCCAGAAAAUCCGGUUAGAGAUCGAUCAGAACAACACCUCAGUGAUAAGCAAGAACAGCGACAUCCACGUGCUGACGGGCUCCUUGAAACUGUUCUUCAGGGAGCUGAAGGAGCCGCUGAUACCGUACUCGUUGUUCCAUAGAGUUCUCGCCGCUUGCUCUAUAAAGCCAAGGGAAGCGAAGAUCAAAGAGUUCAGGGAAAUAAUACAAGCGCUGCCGCAAUGCAACAGGGACACGCUCAAAUUCUUAUUAGAACAUUUAUUAAGGGUACAGCAGUACAGUGAAAAAAAUAGGAUGCACAUAGCCAAUCUAGCCAUAGUAUUCGGGCCGACGAUACUAUGGGCCCCGGUUACGGCGAAGGCACGUAACAUAGCCGUCGACUGCAUCCAACAGAACAACGUCGUCGACAUCCUCCUGAACGAAUUCAAUGAGAUAUUCAGUGAAGAAAACAAAACAAAGAAAAAAGCGUGAUUUUGAUUUCAACUAAAACAGGUUUAGUCUAAAAUUGUUUUGUAAGUAAAAGUUAAACGAUAAAGUAGUGCCAAUCAGAUACAUGGUUUCAUGGUAUAAGUAAGUUUAAAAUCAUUUAAAUUUAAGUUUGGUACUCGUGAAUAUGAUCAGUGGUUUUCAUCAAAUAAAGAGAGAACUGACGUAUUUAGAUAUCUAAAUUUAGGCGAAUAAUACUAGCGGAAUUAUUAAAAAUAAAUAUUUAAAGAAGGAUAAUAAACAGUGAAACACGUUAGAACUUGUGUUUUUUUAUAUGUAAUUUUAUUGAAUAGAUAAAUAUAUUUUAUAAAAUAUAUUCUCGUACUAUACCUGGAUGACGUUCUUGUUUUUUCUCAACUUACUGCGUUUGGUUUGCCUUGGUUUAAACAUAUAGUUGCAAAAAUCUUACUAAUUGUUAUUAAGCAACGGUUCGUUACUGAACAUUAAAAUUGGAUUCAAAGUGGUUUAAAUCACAGAAUCGCUGUAAAUUUUCUCGAAAUUUGAAUCACGUCCAUCGUGUUUUGAAUGUUUGAAAAUGUUCUUGUAGACUGCAUGAGGUUCUUAAUGUAAAUGAAUAACAAGAUUACUAUCUUGAUUAAAAACAAAACAAAACAGAAGGUUGGUUCAUUAGAACGAGCAAUGUACAAUUAAUUACAUAUGGUUUUUGUAAAUAAAGUACACUACGAAUAAGUAAUUGUUAAUAUUAAUUAAAAUAUAAUGAUGAUAAACAUCAACUAUUUGUUGACUCUGUUCCGCUAGUCAUAUCUGAAGGCGAGCGAAAGAGAUUGAGAGAUUGAAUUGAACUUUAGCGGUUAGUUCGGACUCAUCCUAAUCAUCUUUCAAGCAAUAAGACGAACAUACCGUUGUUUUUAUCUUAUAAAGAUAUAAUAUAGAAUUAAAAAUUAAAUAAUAUAUAAAUGAUAAAUUAUACAGAGAUCAAAAUGAAUAACGUAACCAUUUAGUUUAGUUUUAAAUGUAUGCGUAGUUUCCAAAGUUAUUUUCCGGGUCCAAAAUAUUCGUAUGGAUUUAAAAUUCUCGAACUCUCAAUAAAACUCUAAAUUUUUUUAUACGUUAUUCGUACCGCUUCUUUGAGAGUUUAGUGUGAUCCUACAUUUAUUAGACAUAGGCUUGAAGCCAAGUUAGACUUUGUGCCUUAUAUGAGAUCGCUUUUUAUACAUAAAUUAUUGUUAAGAGCUUUAUUUAGUUCUUGGUUACACGACUCGAGUUGGAGCACGUAAAUAUGUACUGUGAAAAACAUUGCUGCUUCUACAUCAAUAAUUUUUGUACUUUUUUGCCUAUAGUGCUCCAGAGUGUGCACAGAUAAUAGCAAUUUGUUUAUGAAUGAAAAUUUUUUUUUUAAAUCUAAGACAUAUAAGGCGGUCAGCGCAAAAGUGGCCUAAGCUUACCAUAGUUAUUAUGGAACAAUGAUGAUUAAUUUUUCAUGAAUCUGAAUUUGAGUAGACAAAAAAACAAUAAUGCUUACAAAGCCAUCUGUUAUCUAUGAGUGAAACUAUGGAUAGGCCGGUUUUGCAUCAAAAUUUAUUAUAUUUAAAAUAAAUUGCAAUAUACAUAUCGACGCUUGAAAGGCAAACGUGACUAAGCGACAAUGCGUGAACUUUACAGUAGACUAAUUUAAAGUUGAAAUACCUGAAAAAAAAUCUAUUUUAACGAAUCUAGCUGUAGUAGAAUCUAGCUAGUAGCUGUAGGAUUGAAAUGAUUUUAAUAGACCUAGAAAUAUAUAUAUAUUUUGCGCAUCGAAUAUGGUUAUUGCCUAUCAUUUAUGUACAAAGCAGUUAUUGUCGCUUAGUCACGUUUGCCUUUCAAGCGUCGAUAUUAUAAGCAUGAUUAUGAAAAAUUAUGGGUUAGGCCACUUUUGCGCUGACGGCCUCAUAUGUAGUUGGAUAUUUCGAGUUUUGUGGCAAUAAAAAGAAAUGUCUGUAAUAGAACCGUAAUGAUGUUUAAAUAAUUUAGGGUAUAGAUUAUCUUGAUGUCCAAUAAAAGCUCUAUGACUUGUUGGACUUGUUGUUGAAUUGGCUCUCAAAAAUAAUUAGAUAUCUUUUAUUGUUUUAGCGUCUAUUAUUGUCUUUAUCACAGUGAAGCCAAAGAAAUGUAUUGUGUUUCCGUUGUCGGGCAGACGAGUUCACAGCCAAUCUAGUGAUAAGUGGUGACGUGAGCCAAUGGGCAUCACACGAAGCUUGCUCACUUCGAUGCAAACGUCCACAUCAACUAAUCGAACUUGUUAUAAAAAUCGAUCUCAUCUCUCUCCUCUUUUGUAAAUAUUCAUCUUAGAUGACCAAAAUACUUAUUUUUAUGUGAUAAACAAACAGCGUUGUUGUAACAUUUUAUACUAUUAUUUCUUAUAAAUGUUUGUAAGUAUAAAUAAAUAUAUAUUUGAACUAUUAAUAGCGAUGCUUGUAUGUCGACGGCUCUAGUCCUAAAUAAUAAACGGACUUGAAAAAUACAAUGUAAUAAAAUAAUUAUUAGUAAUUAAAUCCAAUGUAAUCAAAUCCAAAAUGGAACUGAGCUUUGAAAUCGCUUAAUAAGACAAAGAAGUUAUUGUCUAACCUAAAAAGUACACAUAGAAAUCUGCGUAAUGAUUACGCUAGUAUACAAAUAAGAUGUAGUGAUAUACAGACAAUGACAUUACUAUUGUCAAAAGAUGCCUUGUUAUAAUCUCGACAUUAGAGGCAAAAGGUUGUAUGUUAUCAACUUUAAAAAAAACAUUUCAAGCCGCCAUUAACGUAUUACUUAAUUUUAAGAAUAUUACUAGUGGUAGGAACUCUUCUGAGUCCGCGCGGGUAGUUACCACCACCCCGCCUAUUUCUGCCGUGAAGCAGUAAUGCGUUUCAGUCUGAAGGGUAGGGCAGCCGUUGUAACUAUACUCGAGACCUUAGAACUUAUAUCACAGGGUGGGUGGCGCAUUUACGUUGUAGACGUCUAUGGGCUCCAGUAACCACUUAACACCAGGUGGGCUGUGAGCUCGUCCACCCAUCUAAGCAAUAAAAUAUAUCCGUUAAUUGUUUGAGAUAAAUGGCAACCAAGUGAUUUGAUAACAACACGUAAAUAUGCGACCUUUAAGCUCUGAUGUACAUAUAUAAAUAAAUGCUUAUUUACAUUAAAAUACUCAAGAAAGAACACCAAUUUUAAUGAUUAUUGUAAACGAUAAGCUAAUGACCAAAGUUGUUUUGAAUUCCGGCUUAUUAAAGUUUAAUAUAUUGUUGUAUAGAUCAUAGAGUGUAUAUGUAACGGUUAUGUGAACGGUUUAAUGAAGAAUUACAAGAUAUUAAAUCGAUUUAUUCAAUUUG